AUGGAAUCGAACGCCGAAUAUGUGGCACCCCUGAACCUCAGCACCGCCGCUACUACGACUACUACUACUACUACUACUACCACUACGACGACGACGACGGAUUUAGCAUCAGCAACUGCUACGACCAGCCCUAUUUAUACUGCCGCGGACGAUGCAGGAUCACUGGCCGUGGCGACCAACAACAGACUCAUAACUGCAUUGAAUGCUCAGCUACGGAUGACGCCGCCGCUGACACCGCAUAGCUCCCGUGAAGAGAUGGUCGACCGAAGCGGCCAGGGACGGUCACUGUUCCAUAACUACCUGAGAGCCUUCUACCCUUUCCAUCCAGACGGACCGAUCUCCUCGUCGACUGUGACUCUGCCGCUGGACCAGGGAGACGUCAUCCUCGUCCACUCGGUGCAUACCAACGGCUGGGCUGAUGGUACUUUGCUAGAGACUGGCGCCAGGGGAUGGCUGCCAACCAACUACUGCGAGGCCUACGACCCUCAGCAGAUGCACCCGCUGCUCAAGGCCCUGAUGGACUUCUGGGACGUCAUCAGGGGAGGCAGCGGAUCCACUCUCCAUCAGUUCUCAAACCAGGACUACAUGAGAGGCAUGAUUGCUGGUGUCCGGUUUCUCCUGGAGAAAUCAGAAUGUCUGACAAGAGACUGCCGGCUCGUGAAGAGAGUCGAUGGACUACGGCGGAACCGCAAGGCUCUUCUCUCGGAUUUAUCGUCCCUCGUCAAACUAGCGAAGCAAUUGCAGGACAUUGCAAACGGACGGCACUUUGAGACAUGUCUGGACAACAUCUUCGACCUGAUGCUGCUCAAGGCAUUCCGCAUAGUCACCAGAGGAGUUCGGUUUUUGGACGUUUGGAGUGAAGAAGUCGGGCUUGUAAGGGCACUGGAUCAUCUGGACAACACAAACUCAUCGAAUACAAUGGACACCAUGUUCAAGGGACCUCUUACUCCACCGGUCGAUGGCUCCUUUAGCUUCUCGUCUCAACGCGCAACCAGCUCUAUCGGCACACCAACCUCCUCUAGCAGCUGGAGAGGCAGCCUCGGUGACCGCAGCUUGCUCAACUCUACCACGAUAGUCAGCCAGAAAUCCGGCCGUGAAACACCACAACGUCCAGCAUCUAUCAGAAUAAAACGACCAUCGCUAUCUCACAGAAUAUCAUACAGUGGUCACACAACUAAGAAUCCGAAUCUAGCUUCAGGACGGUUAACUGCUGCCCAUGACGGAUUCCUCGGCGUCCUUGGAUCAUUUAUCGGCUUGCAUCUACAGUCACCCUCAUCAACAGAAUUGAUAGUCACAACACAAGAAGCUGUCCAGUCCUGUAAGACCCUGCUAUCAGUCGUCGAAGAGGUGUGGGAGCGCGAUCUACACCGAUCUUUCUUACUGGAAAGAUCAAAGAAUACCAUGUACGACCACAUCGCUGAGCUCGUCAACGCUACCCAAAACACGUUCCGCACCCCUAUUAAUCCCGACGAUGAGACCAUUUUUGUUCCAGGGGAUGGAAAACGCCUGGUAGAUGCGGCUACCGACUGUGUGCGUGGUGCUGGAGAUUGUGUCUCGAGAGCCAGAACAGUCUUGGAGCAGAUUGGGGAUUUUGAGCUGGAGAACAUUGGUCUGGGGAUUACCAUGCCCAGCACGGAGGAUAUCACAACACCAACCAACCACAAAGUAUUACCAGAAAGGACCGACGAGGUCGCCUCAGCCACAGUUACAAAGCCAGACGAUGAACUGUCUAUGCGGCCUCUGCCACUCCAAAUUCCCGACGGCUCCGUUUCAUCCAUAUCCCUGACACCUUCAUCCUUCACUGACGCUUCAACUCUCCGUACCCCAACCUCCCCCUUUGAUGAAUCUUUUAGUUCCGCCUUCACCGCAUUCACGGAUUUCAGUGAUUCGUUCAAUUCAAAUUCCGAGCAUGACCUCUCUAAAUCAUUCCAUGCAUACUCGCCUACCAAAUCUACCAACGAUGUGCCUUGGCAGCAGGACCCAGCCAUCUACAUACCACUUCCCCAGGACAACGACAUGGAUCUUACACUCGAGCCAACUGAAACUGAGAGUACACUGGUUGCCGAAACGCCUACGCGUCCAGUUUCGCCUGCCAGUGUCACCCAUAAGUCUCCUAAAUCACCUAAAUCCCCAAUGAAGGAAGACUCUCAAACAGAAGUAGGGUCAACUUCAUCCGAUGGAGAUGAGGACAGCCUGUUAGAGAAGACUUACGCCCACGAGCUCAUGUUCAAGGAUGGCCAGGUGACUGGUGGCAGCCUCCGCGCUCUGGUCGAGAAGUUAACAUGUCAUGAAUCGACACCCGACGCACUCUUCGUUUCAACAUUCUACCUCACAUUCCGACAUUUCACCACCCCUGUUGAGUUUGCUGAAGUCUUGAUCGACCGCUACGACUACAUCGGUGAGACCCCCAGAGCUGGAGGACCCGUCCGCCUCCGCGUAUACAACGUCUUCAAGGGGUGGCUCGAGGCCCAUUGGAGACACGAUGUUGAUGACAUCGCUCUGCCAACGAUCCUUAAUUUCGCGAGGACUAAACUCCUAAUCACGUUGCCUACCGCUGGUAAGCGCUUGAUUGAUUUGGUCGAAAAGGUUUCCUCCUUACAGGGGCCUGUGGUCCCACGUCUGAUCUCCACCGUUGGAAAGACAAAUACCUCCAUUGCUCAAUAUGUCAGCCCAGACCAGCCUCUACCUCAGCCCAAUAUGACUAAGAGCCAGCUCAACCUCUUGAAGCAGUGGAAGAAUGGUGGCGCCAAUGUCAGCAUCCUCGACUUUGAUCCCCUUGAGAUUGCCCGUCAAAUCACGAUCAAAGAGUCUCAGAUUUUCUGCUCCAUCCUCCCGGAAGAGCUUCUCUCCACCGAAUGGAUGAAGAAGACCGGCUCUUUGGCCGUCAAUGUUCGGGCCAUGUCUACUCUAUCUACAGACAUUGCCAACCUGGUCGCCGACUCUAUCUUGCAAUUGGAAGAGCCCAAGAAGCGAGCAGUGAUUGUCAAGCGAUGGGUCAAGAUUGCCGCCAAGUGCCUUGAGCUAAACAACUAUGACACCCUUAUGGCCAUCAUUUGCUCUCUUAAUUCGUCCACCAUUUCUCGCCUCAAGCGUACAUGGGAGAUUGUCCCCGCCAAAACGAAGAACCUUUUGGAAAGCCUCCGGGAGAUCGUCGAUGUGUCCCGCAACUACGCAGUCCUCCGACAACGACUACAAAACCACGUACCACCAUGCCUGCCAUUUGUCGGAACCUACCUCACGGACCUGACCUUCGUCGAUCACGGCAACCAAGAUACCCGUACUCUUGCUGGCGACGAGAGCUCCAUUGAAGUCAUCAAUUUCGACAAGCACAUGAAGACCGCCAAAAUCAUCAGUGAGCUCCAGCGAUUCCAGAUCCCUUAUCGACUUCGCGAGGUCCCAGAACUCCAGACAUGGAUACAGGACCAACUUGUCCGUGUUCGAUCUGCCGGCGACAAAAGCUUCCAGCAAUACUACCGUCGAUCUCUCGUUUUGGAGCCAAGGGAGCGUGCAGUUACGCCCCGCGGAUCUCCAACCGAACCCAGUCCCUCCCUGUUCGCUAAGGAGAAUACGAAGGAAAAGUUCGACUUCUUAGCCUGGACUCAUGGCUCCAAACUCAAAGUUCCAGCUGCGUGA